CUUUCUCCGUCAAAUUUUCUAACACCAAAUACUCGUAAAAAAAAGAAGUUAAAACAAAGAUCUUUUUCUAAUCCAUAAUUAGUAACUCGCGUGUCUGCAAAUAUGUUGAAAAUCAAAACCCAUUAGUGCUCCUCUCAAAUCUUGUAAGGUAAGCACAUUUUAUAAUCGUCGCGAUUCAUAGCAGCAUUUGGUGUUUUAGGGUUUUUCUAUCAAAAGUAAAUUCACAAUUCGCCGAUAUGAAGCUUACUGUGAAGACUCUGAAAGGCAGUCACUUCGAAAUUAGGGUUCAGCCCUCCGAUACCAUUAUCGCAGUCAAGAAAAACAUUGAGGAUAUACAGGGAAAAGAUAAUUAUCCAUGUGGGCAGCAGUUACUGAUUCACAAUGGUAAGGUUUUGAAGGAUGAAAGCACGUUAUUGGAAAAUAAUGUUUCUGAAGAUGGCUUUCUUGUUGUCAUGCUUAGCAAGAGCAAGACUGCUGGUUCAAGUGGGACGUCAUCUGCACCGCAGCCUUCAGCUCCUACAGUCAACCCAACUCCAGCACCUGAAGUGACUCCACCAGCACCGGAACCUAAGGAUGUUGCAUCAGCUUCUGAUGCUGCAACAGCUAGUCUUCCAACUGAUAAUUUUAGUCAAGCUGCAUCAAAUCUAGUUGCUGGAGAUAAUCUUGAGCAGACAAUACAACAAAUUAUGGAAAUGGGUGGUGGCAACUGGGAUAAAGAAGCAGUGACACGGGCACUUAGAGCAGCUUAUAACAAUCCUGAAAGGGCUAUUGAUUACUUGUAUUCAGGGAUUCCUGAAACAGCAGAAGUUGCUGUACCAGUAGCUAGUAGCGGGGUUAAUUCUGCAAUAGGGACUACUACAGUGCCUGCUGCCCCUGUUUCUGGAGCACCCAAUUCAGCUCCUUUAAAUUUGUUUCCGCAGGAGAAUGUUGCUGGUGCUGGUGGUGCUGCCCUUGGAUCCCUUGAUUUUCUCAGGAAUAACCAACAGUUUCAAGCAUUACGUUCUAUGGUUCAAUCUAACCCACAAAUUCUACAGCCUAUGCUUCAGGAACUUGGAAAGCAAAAUCCUCAACUUUUGAGAAUGAUACAAGAGCACCAUCAAGAGUUUCUUCAACUAAUCAAUGAACCUGUAGAUGGUUCUGAUGGGGACAUAUUUGAUCAGCCUGAGCAGGACAUGCCCCACACAGUUAGUGUCACUCCACAAGAGCAGGAGGCGAUCGAGCGACUCGAGGCUAUGGGUUUUGAUCGAGCUCUUGUUAUUGAGGCCUUUUUAGCUUGUGAUCGCAAUGAGGAACUAGCUGCAAAUUAUUUAUUGGAGCAUGCAGGAGAUGACGAAGAUUGAGUGCCAGAAUCUUUUUAGCAACAUUCUUUUGCACACCACUAACAGUUACUCCAAGUGACAGAAAAUGAUCACUAGUGGAAAUUUGUUCCGAGACUGUAAAGAACUGCUGGUUGAGGUGGGAAAUGCAACUUCUGGGUUCUCCCAUUAUUUAAUGCCUUUGACUUCUAGUUAGUCCAGUUGUUAUCUUUGGAAAAUUUGUUUUAAGACAGUAAAGAUCUGCUGGUUUUGACUUAUUCCCAUUGCGAUUUAAGGCCUUUUGAUUUUAGUUAGUCCAGUUGCCAAGGAUGGGGUAUUGGCGGGUUAGGUGGAGAUGUACAGUUACCAAUCAACAGAUGCAUCUCUUUUCCUGCGUUUGACUUCUGAUUUUGCUCCAAGCGCAUGGCCAACAAAAGGUUUGCGAUUCUCCAUUGGAUGGGAAUUGGUAGAGGUGUACACAAGCUCAGGACUAGAAUUACUACAGAACUUGAUGAAAGCCCUUACCAUAUUGGAAGCUUUUAGUGUAGCUGCAAAGGUUGUUCAAAAAUUGCUUUAUACUGUAGGUUCAAAUUCUAGUUGUGACAUCUUUUUUUUUUUUUUUUGAGCAUGGCCUUUGCUUUUGUCAACAUAAUUGAAGCUCUCUCCAGGACUAAUGAAGAAGCUAGCACAAGGUUAGCAGCA